AUGCCUUAUGAACUCCCUCCAGAACUGUGGCUGCAGAUAUUCCACUAUGCUGCAGAAGAUGAGCCCUUAUUUGACUACGCGCUGCCGACGUCCAUGACCGAAUCGUCCUGGUCGAAGAGGGUCAUGAGUGAUGGCUGGACGCUCAGAGCGCCCAACGAUCUCAUCGAAAUAAUGCAUAGAAAGAGCUUUGCAACCAAGAAGGCGAUUGUAUCUACCUGCAGGGCUUGGAGAGACCUUGGUACGGAAUUCUUGUUCCGAUGCUUCCUCUUCGGCGACCCGUCACGAUUUCAACAAUUACGCGUCAUACUUGACGCAGACAACUCCCUCGGACGUCGCGCCAAAAGGUUGCACAUCGCUCGCUUUUAUGCCGGACACGGGUCGACUCUGGAAGAAACUCAGGAUGCCCUUGUGUCUAUCAUCCGGCAUUGCCCUAAUCUCGAGGCAUUUAUUGUUACCUGGUCGUUCUCCAAUUCUCUCGCCGCUGUGGUCGAUGCACUAUGCACGUACUGUCCUCGCAACCUACGCACUCUGCAGCUCUAUAUCCCCACCUCAGGCAUAGCUAAGGCCAUCCUCAUGCUAGACUCCCUGCCCGCACUCGUCUCCGUGCAUUUUCAAUUUGAAGGAGUAUCAUCAGAAAACAUCCGGCUGGGAUCCACGUCGGCGGUCACAUUGACCUUGAACUCCCUCGAGCAGCUACAGCUGCGCGGGCCGUUCCAGGAGUUCCUCGAGCAAGCGACAGGGUGGAAGCUACCCGCCCUACGCAGCCUCUCUCUCGAUUUCCUCAGCUUCCGUGAUGACCUGCCAGACAUCAUCGAGUUCCUGACCCACCACGGCGACGACCUCACGUAUCUUGAUAUUAACUGCGUUCCCGCGCUUGACGUCGCUACGAUCCUCGACCUCUGCCCGAACCUCACCACCUUCGCAUUCAACCCCGACUGGCGCAUCGCGAGCACGUACGACAUCACGGGUGUCGGGGGCACGCUUGUGCACCGCCCGCACGAGCACAUCACCACGAUCGGGUGCCACCAGCUACUGCACGCGUUCGACGUCGGCGACGCCGCGAAGCACCUCGCGAUCGACCCGCUCGCCACGCUGCUCGUGCAGCGCCGCAACGACCGCAACUUCGCAGCGCUCACGAAGCGCGACUUCCCCCGCCUGCAGCGUGUGCGUGUGCUGAACCGCACUUUGCUGAGGGACCUCGAGGCCGCCGACGGGCCGCAGGGCGACGCGUACGAGCGCUGGGAGCGCUGGUGGGACCAGUGCGCCAGGCAGGGAAUACGCCUGGAGGACUGUACGGGCGCGUUACUGGGCACGCUGCCGCUGGAAGAGGAGGACGACGAAAGCGAGAGCGAGAGCGAGGACGAUGAGGCGUACCUGGCGCCAUUGCGGGAGGUGCUGGAGGAGUGCAGGCAGUUGCCAAGCGUGGACGAAAGUGAAUACUUCUUCACUCAUGCGAAUGGCUCCAUGCACCACAGUGAAUGA